AACUCCGUCCAAAGAGUAGAAGGUUAGUUGUGAUUUGACUGUUCUUCAAGCAGGUUGUACAUUUUUCAAUCAAACGGAGACUAAGGAUUAAGCCCUAGUGGCAAUUCAACAAUAUGAUGUUAGAAAGGAGAUUAGCUCAGGCACUGUUAGUAUGUUUCGCAAUUGUGGCCAUUUCACACACAACAGACACAACUCAAACAGUUAGACGAAGACUACGCAGGCCGUCGACAAGCACAAGUCUCAGCAAAGACCAGGAGGUGUCAGCAAGCGUGAACCGAUUCAAGGUGCGCAGUCGCGUCACGUCAGCGCCAUCAGUGCUCGCGUCACGCAAGUCGGCGACAGUUGCGCCAUCUACAAGCGAUGAUGGCUACAAGGUAGUUUGCUACUACACGAACUGGUCGCAGUACCGACCGAAGACUGGCAAGUUCCUUCCGGAAGACAUCGACCCGGACAUCUGCACACACAUCAUCUUCGCGUUCGGCUGGCUCAAGAAGGGCAAACUGUCCUCCUUCGAGUCCAACGAUGAGACCAAGGACGGCAAGGUCGGACUCUACGACCGCAUCCGCAACCUCAAGAAGGCCAACCCCAAACUCAAGACACUGCUUGCUCUUGGAGGAUGGUCUUUCGGAACUCAGAAAUUCAAGGACAUGUCAGCAACUCGCUACGCCAGACAGACUUUCAUCUACUCUGCCAUCCCAUUCCUGAGGGCAAGGCACUUCGAUGGACUCGAUAUGGACUGGGAGUAUCCCAAGGGAACUGACGACAAGAAGAACUUUGUCUUAUUGCUCAAAGAAUUGCGCGAGGCAUUCGAAGCUGAAGCCCAGGAAGUGAAGAAACCCAGACUGCUGUUGACCGCCGCUGUUCCAGUAGGACCUGACAAUGUUAAGGGAGGAUAUGAUGUGCCUGCUGUAGCCAGCUACCUGGACUUCAUCAACCUGAUGGCGUACGACUUCCACGGCAAGUGGGAACGCGAGACGGGUCACAAUGCGCCCCUGUAUGCGCCCAGCACCGACUCAGAGUGGCGCAAACAGCUGAGUGUGGAGCAUGCGGCCAGCAUGUGGGUGCGCCUGGGUGCGCCCAAGGACAAGCUCAUCAUCGGAAUGCCCACCUAUGGGCGCACGUUCACACUGGCCAACACUCAGCAGUUCAAGGUCAACUCGCCCGCCAGUGGAGGUGGCAAGGCUGGGGAGUACACCAAGGAGGCCGGGUUUUUGGCCUACUAUGAGGUGUGCGAAAUGCUGCGCAACGGCGCCUCCUACGUGUGGGAUGACGAGAUGAAGGUGCCGUACGCGGUGCAGGGUGACCAAUGGGUGGGCUUCGACGACGAGCGAUCCAUCCGCCACAAGAUGGGGUGGGUCAAGGAGAACGGCUACGGGGGCGCCAUGGUGUGGACUGUCGACAUGGAUGACUUCACCGGCACCGUGUGUGGAGGGGAUGUCAAGUAUCCGCUCAUUGGAGCUAUCAGCGAGGAGUUGAGAGGUAUCAAGAGGAAGAACAACGCAAAGGACGUGGACUGGAGCAAGGUUGCCAACUCCAUCUCCUUGGAGACUACCACUAAGCCGGCGCCCAUCAAGAUAUCUGUCAGCGAGCUGGUCUCCAAGAUCAAGACCAAAACACCCCAGCCGGCCAGUGAGAGGAGUACUACUGUCGCUACAAAUGGACGCCCCGCCCAAGUAUUCUGCUACAUGACGUCAUGGUCUCAGAAGCGUCCCGGCGCCGGCAAGUUCACGCCCGAGAACGUGGAUCCUCUGCUCUGUACUCACGUCAUCUAUGCAUUCGGCACACUCAAGGACCAUCGGCUUGCUGAGGGAGAUGACAAGGAGGGAGAUAACUACAAGAAGGUGGUCGCACUCAGGGAGAAGAACCCUAACCUACAGAUUCUGUUGGCCAUAGGAGGCUGGGCUUUCGGAUCGACUCCGUUUAAAGAGCUGACUAACAACGUGUUCAGGAUGAACCAGUUCGUCUACGAAGCCAUAGAAUUCCUGCGUGAAUACAAGUUCAACGGAUUGGAUAUUGACUGGGAAUACCCAAGAGGAGCUGAUGACCGAGCCAGCUAUGUGAACCUUCUGAAGGAACUGAGGUUAGCUUUCGAAGGAGAAGCCAAGAGCUCCGGCCAACCAAGACUGCUUUUGACAGCGGCUGUACCUGCUAGUUUUGAAGCCAUUGCUGCUGGAUACGAUGUACCUGAGAUUGCCAAAUAUUUGGAUUUCAUCAACGUUAUGACCUACGACUUCCAUGGGCAGUGGGAGAGGCAGGUUGGACACAACAGUCCACUGUACCCACUAGAAAGUGCUACAGCCUACCAGAAGAAACUCACUGUGGACUUCAGCGCAAGAGAGUGGGUGAAGCAGGGGGCACCAAAGGAGAAAUUGAUGAUCGGUAUGCCAACUUACGGAAGGUCCUUCACACUGGUUGAUGAGGAUAAGUUCGAUAUUGGAGCCCCUGCCUCUGGAGGUGGAACCCCCGGCAAAUACACAGGAGAGGCUGGAUUCAUGUCAUACUAUGAGGUUUGCGAGUUCCUUCAUGGAGAAAACACGACUCUUGUUUGGGAUAACGAGCAACAGGUGCCAUUCGCCUACAGGAAAGACCAAUGGGUUGGAUUUGAUGAUGAACGAUCCCUCAAAACAAAGAUGACGUGGUUGAAGGAAGAAGGUUUCGGAGGCAUAAUGGUGUGGUCCGUAGAUAUGGAUGACUUCCGUGGAUCAUGCGGCACCGGAAAGUUCCCUCUGAUGAACGCCAUGCGACAGGAACUCGAAGGAUACACGGUCAAACUCGAGUAUGACGGUCCGUUCGAGAGCUCACACCCAUCGAGCAGUGCUUACACGACAAAAGAUCCCAACGCAGUUUCCUGUGAAGAAGAAGACGGCCAUAUCUCCUACCAUCCUGACAAGGCCGACUGCACUAUGUACUACAUGUGUGAGGGAGAGCGCAAACAUCACAUGCCCUGCCCCUCCAACCUCGUCUUCAACCCCAACGAGAACGUCUGUGAUUGGCCAGAGAACGUAGAGGGCUGCAUGCACCACACACAAGCUCCGCCCUCUUCUAAAAGAAGAUAGAACUACUGUUAUUCGUUAAUCAAAACUAUUGAUUAAUUAAUUCAACAGACUUCUUCAUCUCACUUGAGCAAUAUUCUCCCCCCUCCCCCUCUCGGUCUGCCAUUCUUCUAUUAUACGUAUUACUUUAAAUAUAGUAUAAAUAAUAUACUAUUUAUCAAUAAGUACUAGUAUCACUAUACUUUUUGUGUAGUUGAGAAGUUGAUGUUGUGGUAAUUAUUCAUAUUGAAUGAAAAAGACUAAGAAAUUGUCAAAAACAGUUUUCUGACAGUGGUUUUUGACAAUUUCUUGGUCUUUUUCAUUCAGUAUCACUAUAAAUAAUAUAUAUAGUAUACUAUGUAUCACAUAAAUACCUACUGGUAUUAUUAGGAGGUAUCAUAUAGGAUACAUUGUAUUCUAGGUACAUUGAUAAAUAGUAUAGUACCGUAUACUAUGUAUCAAUAUGUACUAGUAUUACUAUAUACAUGAUACAGUACAGUACGUGAUUCUAUAUUAUAUAAUGCUCACCAAUGUUAUUAAAUUAUUUUAUCCUUCAAAUUUAUUUAUUCGCUGCCAUUGUUGAGAAGUUAAAACAACAAAAAUAAUACUUCAAGAAUAAAUUUGUAUAAUUAUGUUCGUUUUUGAUAACUAAACUUGUAGAUAGUGUGUUUUAAUUGAGGUUGUGUAUGUAUAGAGAAGUGUAUGUUAGCUCAAAAACGUCGAAGCCAGAUGGAAAAAAUUGAUUGAGAGUGGUGUUCAAGCAAGAAACGAAGUUUGGAAAGAAGUACUUAAAAUAUCACUAGUGCAGUGAUUUCUUCUUAAUUCUGUACGAUAGGUAUUGUUUCUCAAAGUAGGAAAAACUACUGUAUUAUAUAUAUUUCUACAUUAAUGAAAAAUAUGUAGCCUAAUUGGAUAAAAAUGAACAAAAAUCAC